GGCCGGCGCGGGCAGCGGAGGAACGGCGGCGGCGUGCGGGGUCCGCGCGGCCGAGCGUGGUGCGGCGAAGAACGUGCCCUGUGCUGGGAUCGAUCUUCGAGCCCAUCAGCGAGGAAUCUGCAGCGUCCCCGUCGUCCGCCCCAUAUCCGGGCGAGCACCUCGACAUAUAUAAACGUCAUCACACGCCCCGUGCCCGCCCCAAGCCCCUCCACGCCCACUCUUCCCCAGAGCUCAUCUCCACCUCCACCACAAGGCCUGUCCACAUAAACCCCUCCGCGUGCGUACCCUGCCCUCCCUCUCGCGCCCCGUCGUCCUCACCACCCCCGCAGCGCAGCAGCAGCAACCAUGUCCUCCGACAGCCUCAUGCCCAAGAGCGACAGCUUCAACGCGCGCAUGCGCGGCAGCAGCCACAUCGACUUCAAGACCGCUACCACCGGCGUCGCCGCAAAGGCCAUGCGCAACGAGCUCAGCAACCUCGUCCGCUCCCGCGCCUUCGACACGGAGAUGCAGUCCUUCUUCUACCUCUUCACUCGCUAUCUCGCCGAGCGGGCACGGAGCCAUGAGCUUGUAUGGGACAAGAUCAAGUCGCCUUCGGAUGACAAAGUUGUGCCCUACUCGAAGCUCCCUUCAGGCGAUGUUGCCAACCUCAACAAGCUCGCUGUCCUGAAGGUGAACGGUGGUCUCGGUACGUCCAUGGGUAUGACCGGCGCCAAGUCCGCGCUCGAGGUCAAGGACGACAUGACCUUCCUCGACCUGACCGUGCGGCAAAUCGAGCACCUCAACACCACGUACCGCGUCGACGUACCGCUCAUCCUGAUGACGUCCUUCAACACACACGAGGACACGCUACGCAUCAUCAAGAAGUACGCGAACCAGCAGCUCAGGAUCACGACGUUCAACCAGAGCCGAUACCCGAGGAUAUUCAAGGAGACUCUCCUCCCGUGCCCGAAGUCGGCGGACGACGACAAGAAGCACUGGUACCCCCAGAGUGGUGUUCUCGACCAAUUGCUGAGCGAGGGCAAGGAGUACUUGUUCGUGUCGAACUCGGACAACUUGGGUGCCGUCGUCGAUGAGAAGAUCCUUCAGCACAUGAUCGAUUCGCAAUCGGAGUUCAUCAUGGAAGUGACGGACAAGACGAAAGCGGACGUGAAGGGUGGUACCCUCAUUGACUACGAGGGCAACAUUGAGCUGCUCGAGGUCGCGCAGGUGGCGUCAGAGCAUGUUGAGGACUUCAAGUCCGUGCGGAAGUUCAAGAUCUUCAACACGAACAACCUCUGGCUCAACCUCAAGGCGGUGAAGCGUAUCAUGGAGAAGGGCGAGAUGGAGCUCGAGAUCAUCGUCAACCCCAAGACCACUGACGACGGUCAGGCCGUCAUCCAACUGGAGACCGCCGCGGGUGCCGCGAUCAAGCACUUCCAGAACGGACACGGCGUGAACGUCCCGCGCUCGCGCUUCCUUCCCGUCAAGUCGUGCUCAGACCUGCUGCUGAUCAAGAGCGACAUCUACUCGCUGCAGCACGGGCAGCUGGUGAUCAACGAGAACCGGAUGUUCGAGACGACGCCGGUGAUCAAGCUGGGCGACCACUUCAAGAAGAUCGCGCAGUUCCAGAAGCGGUUCAAGAAGAUCCCGAAGAUCAUCGAGCUCGACCACUUGACGGUGACGGGGGACGUGUACUUUGGGCGGAACGUGACGUUGAGGGGGACGGUGAUCGUCGUGGCCAAUGAGGGGCAGAGCAUCUAUGUCCCCGAUGGGUGUAUCCUCGAGAACCGUCUGCUCUCCGGAAACCUCAACAUGAUCGAGCUAUGAGCGCUUCUCUCCUCUCCAUUCGACAUUCUCCUCAGCGUGCAUCUCAACUUAGUAUACUCACGACGGACAUUGUUUUCCACACGCGGCUCCCCCUUUCUGCAUCUAUGUUGUUAGACGAAUGUGCGACGGGUUGGUCAUGGACUGGGCUGGUCUGGCAGGCAGUCGGCAAAUGAAGUGUUUUCAAUUGUGUCACGUACGAUACCGAUACCGAUGUGAAUAGCAUACUAUACGACUGGCCUCCGUCGGUCGAACGCGCGC